AUGGGUGACAGAUCAUAUUUCCUCAACUCACUAAAAUCCAGGGUUAGACCCCUCGCGAGAAUAAACAAAGUCAUCGCAAAAAAGACCAACCCUGGGUUCCCGGCUUACUUCCAAACUGGUAGUGUUGAGGCUCUCAAUACAGCCUUAAACUCUCUGUCGCAUAUGUACUACUAUAUUAAGUACAUUAAACAUUAUCCAAUGGCAUCAAUGUUACACAGAACCUGGGCGCUCAGAUCUCGGUGA